UGUUUGUGUUCAUACAUUCGCAGACAAUGUUGACACAUUCCAAAAGAAUGAGUGCAGAGCCGCUUCACUCAUUUACUCCGCAGUUAAUUUUAAAAACCCAAAGCCAUUUUUCAGGAAAAUAAACCGUCUAAACAUUUUGAAGAACUUUAGGUGUUGAGUUUUUGCAACUAAAACACUCUUUUGGUUGUUUAAUUGAUCGUUUUUGUCAAUUCGUAAUCUGGUUUUAGUCGCGCUCACGGAACUACUUUUUAUGCGUAGUAAAUCUGAAUUGAUUGAUUGACAGGUGACCUGGCCCAGCGUUUGUUGUAUCAUUGCAUUCGAUAAACUCGCCAUCUUUGAUUUGUAUGGGACGAAAUCUAGAGACAGAAAUACUUGCAGUUCCCACAGUUCUAUCAGCUCUAGUGUUGCCGUUUAUCUACAAAUUGGAACCGGAGCGGGUUUGUUGGAACCCACGACUAUCCGGUUUCUGUGUUAGCAGUUGAACAAGCACCAAUACUAAGAUGGAAACACAAAGGCAAAAUAAGUUUGCCAGCAGCCCAGCUGGCCAGAGCGCAUAUGGAAGCCCAGCACUCUCUGAUCUGCCAAAGCAGGAUCCAAUGCAACAGACAUUAGACUGGCAACAUCAUGGUUACGGGAUGGACUCUGGAAUACAGAGCGGUGCCACUACACAGGCUCCAUCAGUAAGCAGCAAGAGUCACCAUGAUGAGGAAUCUGAAAUGAGUGCCGGUCAAGGCAUGUUUGAUUGGGACAGUAGCUAUGGCCAGGCGUACACACAGGAACAAGUGGAUGAAAUGAAUCAGCAAUUGAAUCAGACCCGGUCACAGCGUGUUCGUGCUGCCAUGUUUCCGGAGACAUUGGAGGAGGGUGUGCAGAUCCCGUCCACGCAGUUUGAUCCAAAUCAUCAGACCUCCGUGCAGCGUUUAGCCGAACCCUCACAGAUGCUGAAGCACGCCGUGGUGAAUCUCAUCAACUACCAAGACGAUGCCGACCUGGCUACCCGUGCCAUCCCUGAACUCACAAAACUACUGAGUGAUGAGGAUCAGGUCGUUGUCAGCCAAGCUGCGAUGAUGGUCCACCAGCUGUCCAAGAAAGAGGCCAGUCGCCACGCCAUCAUGAACUCUCCCCAGGUCGUGGCAGCUCUCGUCCGAGCCAUGUCCAACUCCAAUGACUUGGAGACGACCCGAUGCGCAGUGGGUACGCUGCACAACCUCUCACACCACCGUGCAGGUCUGCAGUCCAUCUUCAAGAGUGGGGGAAUCCCGGCACUUGUCAAACUCCUUAGCUCCACUGUAGAGUCUGUCCUCUUCUAUGCCAUCACCACCUUACACAAUCUCCUGCUCCACCAAGAAGGAUCUAAGAUGGCCGUUCGUCUUGCUGGGGGCCUCCAGAAGAUGGUGAUCCUCCUUGCACGCAAUAACGUCAAAUUCCUGGCCAUCUGUACUGACUGCCUGCAAAUUCUCGCCUUUGGUAACCAAGAAAGCAAGCUGAUCAUUCUUGCAAGUGGAGGCCCAGCCAAUCUUGUUCGCAUCAUGCGCACCUACACCUAUGAGAAGCUUCUCUGGACAACGAGCCGUGUCCUCAAGGUGCUCUCCGUCUGUCCAAGCAACAAGCCGGCCAUCGUAGAAGCAGGUGGUAUGCAGGCUCUGGGCAUGCAGCUCGGUCAUCAGAGCAACAGACUUGUGCAGAACUGUCUCUGGACACUCCGCAAUCUCUCUGAUGCUGCUGUCAGAAUGGACGACCUGGAAGGCCUUCUUCAGAUGCUGGUCCAGCUCCUUGCCUCCAACGACAUCAGCGUGGUAACCUGUGCCUGUGGAAUCCUGUCCAAUCUUACCUGUAACAAUGCACGCAACAAGAUCACGGUGUGCCAGGUGGGCGGCAUCGAGGCCCUGGUACGAGUCGUCAUCCAGGCUGGCGACCGCGAGGAAAUCACAGAACCAGGGGUAUGUGCAUUGCGCCACUUGACCAGCCGUCAUCCAGAAGCUGAGAUGGCUCAGAACUCGGUGCGUCUUCACUACGGCAUCCCGGCAGCUGCCAAGCUCCUUCAGGCACCCUCACACUGGCCUCUCAUUAAGGCCACUGUUGGACUUGUGCGUAACCUGGCCCUAUGCCCAGCCAACCAUGCUCCCCUCCGUGAACACGGCGUCAUCCCGCGACUUGUUCAGCUUCUCAUGAGGGCGAACCAGGACUCUCAAAGGAGACAGUCUGGUGGUGCUAACGGUCAGAGCUUCACCGAUGGUGUACGCAUGGAAGAGAUCAUUGAAGGAACAGUCGGCGCUCUGCACAUACUGGCCAGGGAUAUGCACAACAGAAUGCUCAUCAGAAACCUGAGCACAGUGCCUCUGUUUGUGCAGCUCCUGUAUUCCAACAUUGAGAACAUUCAACGAGUCACCGCUGGUGUUCUGUGCGAGCUGGCUCAGGAUAAAGAAGGGGCGGAGAUCAUCGAACAGGAAGGGGCCACUGCCCCUCUUACCGAGCUUCUUCACUCUCGUAAUGAGGGAGUAGCAACGUAUGCUGCUGCAGUGCUGUACCGAAUGUCAGAGGAUAAACCGCAAGACUACAAGAAGCGCAUCUCUGUUGAGUUGUCCAACUCGUUAUUCAGGGCAGACACUGCUCCUUGGGGAGAGCCGAUGGACAUGCCAGAUCCGACCAUGAUGCAGCAAGACUUCUCCCACCACAGUAGUGCCAGUAGCCUUCACAGUGACUACAGACAUCAGCAGCAAGCAGGAGCCAUGCAUGGGCAAGCUGGAUACAACGAACCAAUGUCGCUGGAGCCCAUGAUGCAGGAGCUAGACCUGGGGGGACCUCAUUCAGACUAUGGUAUGGACCCUAACCUUGCCAACCUCGGGCCACCCUCAGGAGACAUCAAUCUGGAUGGACUCCCCCCUACAGACAGCAGUGGUCUGACCUUCUUUGACACAGACCUGUGAGGUUGAGGGGUUGUCCCAUUUGCUUUAUAGGGGUUUGUAGGUACUCCCCAGAAUUUUCAAGACAACCGCAUUAUCAAAUAACAACCAUAAUGUACUAGAUUGGCGAAAGCUUUUUGCAUUUAUUAAUGUAUUAUAUACAAGUAUCAGACUGAAUUUAUCAUUCAUGGGAUGUUUCACAAAAAUUCCUAGUUGAAAGUUUGGUUGUUAUUUUUUUGUCGCCGCGCAGCCAAGAUUUCCGGUAUAUAAGAAAUAGAAACAUUAGAAAGUGACCUGUGCCUGAUUUAUAAAUCUACUGUCAUGUCUUUGUCAGGCAACCUUCUUUCACCAUGACCACCAAAUUGUGCUGGAAUUUACGAAGAUGAUUUAUAUUUUAAUAUGCCGUUAUUUAAAUUCCAGCAUGGCGACGCGCUUUUCUCCAUUAUUCUUCCCUAUGAAAAAAAGUAAAAAGAAAAUGCAUCAUAGUACUGUAUAAAUUUUAAUUAUUGCUUCCAAUAGUUUUUAUUGUAGUUUUUUAUGUGUUGCACUAUUUAAUAUUUUUUUGAUUUUCUGACAGCAACAUUUCCAAUUGCGUUUUGGCGUCAGUUUAAUGAGCCACACACACAAAAUAUAUUCUUAUUUUAUAACUUUAGUUUCAGUUUUAAAUUAAUAAAUGUUGAUUGUUGCUGGCAAGGUUAAAGUACUGUACUAACAAUGCUAGGUGAAGUCCAAAAUUUAUUAGUCUGUUUUCAAUUUGAUUGAAAAUGGCGCAGGUGGUUAAAUUGAGCGAGUCACAAUAAAGGUUCUACCUGGUGUGGGCAGCCAGUAAGAAAAAGAAGAAGAAAAAAAGCCAAAAACUAAAAGAUUAAGAAGAGAAGAAGAGAUGGUACUAAACUAAGGAACUUAGCGAGUUACUUCUGCUUGGUUUUUUUGCAGUGCAAGAAGUGACUCCAUGAGUUUAGACAAUCAAAAUUCUGGUUCAUAUAUGCCAAAUGUGUGAAUAUAACUUUUUAAAAAGUACUUUCAAGUUUGCUUACUAUACAAUUUAAUGCAUGGCUCUGGCGCGCAUCGCAAAAGGUACAGCACUUUAAAAAAAAAAAAAACCAAAAUCGCCACUGAAUAUCUGUACAGUAGAGGAUAAGAAAAAGAGAAACAAAAAUACAAGAGAAUUCCUUGUGUGGGGAUUGUCAUAGUGGCGGUUGAAACUAGUGAUUGCAAUGAGCUUAAUAGCAAGGCAUUUGGUAGUAGACUGAAGGUGUCUUACAAUGUACAGCAACAUUGUUUUGUGACAGGACUUGAAGACAAAUGUUAACAUGAAUAAGUGUGGUCAAGUUCUCUACGGAUGUUCAACCACAGUACUAAUUAAUGUACUACUUUAAGAUUGAGUUGUACUUAACAGGCCUGCAGCCUAUUUCACGAAAGGUUAGGACUAUAAUCCUAACUCGGUAUUUCAUUUGAGAGGGCAAGGCCAUAUUAAUUUGUAAAGGGCACUUCCAAUUGGAAAAAUCAAGACCAAGGGCAACAAAAAGCCCCCUGUGGCAUCUGUGUAUUUCCAGGGCUGACUAAUCAGGACCACAAUCAAAGAAACUAAUGUGACAGUACUGGAGUGAAGAAGACUACGAUAGUUAGGUAGAGAGUGUGUGUUGAGUACUUGCUUUUAUCAACAGAUGUAUUCAGGGUUUAAAGAUGCAUGCAGAAGAAUAUAACAUCGCCCCAGUACAAUUGUUGUCUUUGAGCGUGCAUUACUGGGUAAUUAUUGGGGGGUUUUCAUUUUUUUUUUUCUUUUUUUUUUUUUACUGAGUAUAUAACCUCGACAGUGACAGAUUGUUAGGCUUGUAAAUA